AUGCAAGCAAUUAAUUAUGGUAAUUUAUUAGGAGUAAUAGUCUUUAAUGAUGGUGUAAAAACUAAUAUAUUAGCAAAAAAGAUAACAGAAAGGUUUACUCCUCCUAAUCCAUUUAAUAAUGAUGCUG